AGCUGGUCGGUCUGCGCAGUCGCUGGUUGUGCCUUGCGCCGGCAAGGCCCCGGGAUAGAACUAUAGUGCUUCGACGUCCCUGCUGUUAGGUAGGGUUCGGAGUGAGAAGAGCGUGUGAUAGGGUGUGCUCACUGUGUGUUAGAUAGAUUUUUUUUGGGCAGGAGGGGAAUUCCGAGGAAAAGGAUAGGGUCGUAAAAUUUUAUGACAUCACCGUGGGUAGAUAUUCGUGUAGUUCGUAGGGGUUCGAUAGUGUAUAAAACGAUAGUGGGAAGCAGAUAGUUGCAUCAGUUGUAGAUCAGUUGUACAGUGGAAAAGAUGGUUCCCGAUUCGAUGCUGGAAAGCAAUCCCACCAUGGGACAAAGGAGUAAAGAGCUUGCAGAGAAAAAUAUCUGCAGGAUCUGUUUGAUCCACACGGAUCGACUGCUAGACAAACAGUGGAAUACGGUGUUGAAUACCUGCUUUACGGCUGUGGCGGAUAAGGCCGAGAGAUUACCAAAGUACGCCUGUGCAGACUGUAGUGGAUUCUUACAAAAGUGCCAUGAUUUUAAGCAAAUGUACAAAAAAUCAGAAUUAAUUUUAAACUGCUAUCCGUUGACCGGAAGUUUGCCAAAUAGUUACAAUGUGCCAGGUUGGUUGCGACAGAAGUGUAAACAACAGGAAGCCGCCUCCAUUCGAGUGCGAUCCAACGAACUUUUGCCAGUGAAUUCCACGCUUCAAUCACCAACGAUAACUUCGGAGAUCGGCGCUGCAUCGCCCGCGAAAGUUCCAAAGAUUCAGUUGAGCCCGGACAAUACUCCAACACAACUAAUGCUACAACAAAGCCCCAAUCCAGACCGUUCAACGGUUAUCCAGGAAAUACAGUCCUACGUGGAUACGUAUCAACACACUUUCCAGGACCCGCAAGCAUACCAGUACCAAUCAUCACCAGUCCUAACUACGUCAACUCAACCCAUCAGAAGAUAUCCUGUUCUGGAAAGACAGUUACAACAACCAUUAGUUCCAACCAUUCAUCAAAGCUGUAACUCAACGGCCAACCAAAAUCAGCCAAUCCAGCAGAUCGUUACUCAGCAAACCCCAAUGCAGCAACUACCUCAACAACCAUCACAACAACCUGUGGCGACCUCCAAACCUCGGAAACCUCCGAGACAACGCACCACCCCGGGCCAACCACCCCAGCAGCUAGCCCCAUCGUACAACCCAGCACCACCAUCCACCAUCCCCGUGUUCCAGUGUACGGACUGCUGCUACAUGUUCACCAACCAAGUUCACCUGAUGACGCACAUGCGCAAGCAUCGCUACUAUGGCGAGUACCGGUGCGCCUGCGGUCGCAACUUCCGCCACAUGUACGAGUUCGUGAACCACCUGAAGCAGCACACGACCAUCUCGUGGUGUGACCUCUGCGGGGAACAGUUCGCGCCCCACCAACAGCUGGAACUGGGCGCGCAUCUGGAUCGGCACGUACAGGUCGGGCUAUCGGAGGCAUGCGACUUCUGCUUGCUGGUGUUCGUUGAUCUGCAGAGCCGACUACAGCACGUGCGGUCCUGCCAUGAUGCGGAGGUGCGGCAGGUGAUGCAGCUGAAUGAAAGCCGUGGGGACGGCGGGAUGUGGGUUCAAUAAAGAACGGGAAGUCGUUUUUUUAACAGGUA